AUGAAAGGUCUUUUCUUCUUGGUCUCCUUCGCGUUGAUCGAUCUCGGUUUCUCAUUUUUUAUUGUUCUGACCACCAAUGGACUGAUCAUCGGUCAUUCCGCGACUGGCGUUCGCGAUGUCCAAGAGUUCUUGGGAAUCCCAUAUGCAAAGCCUCCAGUUGCAGAUCUUCGAUUUUCUGCCCCACGACGGCCCUCGUUGAAACUCAUAUUUGAAGCUUCAAACGAUUGUCUUUUCACCGCUUCCUCACGGGUAGAUUUCCCAAAUGAGACCCCUCAGUUCAAACGUGUUCUGGCCGCUUUCGCGGGUCAGAAUAAUAACCCGCAAAGUGAAGACUGUUUGACUCUCAACAUCUGGUCCGGCGCAAAUAAUGGCAAAAGUCGUAAAAAGCCGGUUCUUGUGUUCUUUUAUGGCGGAAGAUACACGACUGGUGCUACAAACACACCAUACUUGAACGGCAAGUAUUUCGCGGAAGCUCAAGACGUGGUGAUCGUCACAGUCAAUUACAGAGUCAAUAUCUUCGGCUUUCCGGGGGCACCAGGUAUAACUCAGAACUUGGGCUUGCUUGACCAGCGCCUUGCAGUGGAGUGGGUUCGCGACAAUGCCAAAGCCUUUGGUGGUGACCCGAAGCGGAUUACGAUCUUUGGCCAAUCUGCCGGAAGUGUAGCAGUUGAUUUCUGGUCCUAUGCUUGGGCCAAGGACCCCAUCGUUGCAGGGUUGAUCUCACAUUCCGGCACCGUGUUCAGCUUCCCGGUCAAUUCAAGGGAACUUGCAACUCGGCACUGGUACAAUGCCAGCACGUUGCUGGGAUGUGGCUCGUCGGGCGAUGUCAUGCCCUGUAUGAGAAGGAAGAGUGCGACAGAAAUCAAAAAAGCCAUUACUGCCAUUCCCCCUCCUCCUGGUUCCAGCGUCGCGCGCUCCCAGCCUGUGUUUCAACCUACGCCCGAUGGUAGAGUCGUUUUUGAUAACUACGCUUCGCUGUCUUCAGGAGGCAAAUUUGCUCGAAUUCCAUAUGUGGUCGGCCACACUGACAACGAAGCAGGCUUUUACAACAUCUCCGCUUACGCGAGGGGAAACAUCCUUACACCUGAGGAGUGGGAAGAGUUUAAUUACGAAGUCUUUUCCUGCCCUACCUCGCAAACAACUGCAGACCGUGCCAAACACGGUGUUCCCGUCUGGAGAUUCCGAUAUUAUGCCGACUGGGAUAAUACGCGUCUGCAUCCGAACAGUCGUGCGUAUCACGGCGUUGACCUGCAUAUGAUAUUCGGGGCAUCCCGUGACGUUAGCGGGUUGCCUGAGUCGCAGGAACAAACCAAACUCAAGAAAGUUAUGCAGAAUGCCUGGGCACGCUUUGCAGCCGAUCCUAGGGGCGGCUUGAAACAGAUAGGGUGGCCAAUUUUUAAACCUAAGGAGAAAACUCUCAUCCAGCUUGGGCUGAACAAUGAAGGAUGCGAGACCUUCAUCAACCCUAUGGAGUUUGAUCGGGGCUGCGGGAAGGUUUCUUCUUGA